AUGGAAAACAUAAGAAAACUUGAGUCCUGGGACACACGGCUCUAUGCUGACUGUGUAGAAUUCUGUCCUUUUGAACCUUAUCUUUCUAUAGCCAUCUGUGGCACCUAUCAAUUGUGUGAAAGUGAAGCGGCUCGCGUCGGUCGUCUCAGUCUCCAUUCCGUCGAUCCCGAAAACAUUGAUUUGACUCCUAUUCAACUAGUUGACACUCCCGGCAUCCUCGACGUGAAAUGGUGCCGUAAAAAAUCCCACAAUCAAAUAUCUUUGGCCGUUGCCAAUUCGAUCGGCCAAAUCGUCCUAUACAGUUUCGAUUCCGACAUUUCAAUCAAGCAGCAGCACGUGCAAAACAUUGGUGAUGGUGGUGCAGGCCGUUUAGCUUUGUCGUGCGAUUGGUACGAAGGUUACAAGAUUGCCGUCAGCGACUCUAAAGGUGAAGUGUCGUGUCUGAAUGUCAGCGUUGAAGGAUCGGAACCGAUCAGUAACUGGAAGGCCCACGAUUAUGAAGCGUGGGUUGCCUCAUUCGAUCGCCACUCUGACCAGCUCAUCUAUUCCGGCGGCGAUGAUAGUUGCUUCCGUCUAUGGGAUCUUCGUGACACGACCAGCCCGGUGUUGGCCAACAAGAAAGCUCACCAGAUGGGGGUGACGAGUAUCGAAACAUCACCUGUCGACAGCAACAUCUUGGCUACUGGCAGUUAUGACGAGAGACUGUUGCUAUGGGACAAGCGUCACAUGAAAAGCUGGAUGAGCGAAACAAACCUUGGAGGGGGUGUAUGGAAGCUCAAGUGGGAACCCGGUAGCGCUCGCCACCUUUUAGCGGCUACGAUGCACAACGGUUUCCAUCUGAUUGAUUGCUGCCGCCCUUCCUUGGAAAAGGACGCGAAUCCGCUGUCGUUCGAUCCCAAGAUUGUCGCCUCAUAUCGAGAGCAUUCAAGCCUGGCUUACGGUUGUGAUUGGGCAAGACUAUUGUCACCAUCUACUGGACGGCGGACGAUUGCUUCGUGCUCCUUUUACGAUCACUCUCUUCACGUCUGGUCUUGGCUACCCUAGACGCAAUUAGAUUAUGGACGACCGACGCUGAUCUUUCACCCUCCUUAACAUUUAUCGUUUUCCUUCUUAUUAUUUUGUCAGAAACGUUCGACAGCGGUUCGAUUUAACAAUCGACAAAAUGUACUGUAUGUGCGGAGCGAAAUGCCGAAAUGGAUUAAAGAAAGUAACGCAAAACUC